AUGAACAAAAGUUCUCAUUCAGCCAAUCCCAAAUUUUCAUUGAGUUGUGGCAACGGAAAGGUCGAACUACCAUUACUCAAACAACCCCCUCCUUUACUAGCACAUCUCCUUUUUGAUGAAGAUAUAGUUAGCAGAAAGUUUCGACAACAAAUUCGCAUUUACAACAUGAUGUUUGCCUUCACAUCACCAGGUGCAAAGUUGGAUAACCGUUUCAACAAUGGAGGUGGACCACUCACUUUACGAAUUCAAGGUCAAUCAUGUCAUCAUAUUGGAAGUUUGAUUCCACCAGAAGGUCAACCACCUAAAUUUGCACAACUAUAUAUUUUUGACACGGACAAUGAGGUCCAUAACAGAAUGCAGGGUUUGAGGAACACAAAAAACAUUGAUCAGGUAAUUGUACAACAAUUGUCAGGUAUGCUCUACAAGCAUAACCCUCAUGCCAAAAGUUUUCAGAUGGCCAAACAUUGGUUAUUGAAUUCAGAUACACAAAACCUGAAAUUAGGACUCAUUUCUAAUAGAUCCACAGAUGGAAGAGUAUAUAAUCAACCAACUGUUUCUGAGGUUGUUGCUUUGAUAGUUGGUGAUCUUGAUACAGCAGAAAUGAGGGAUAUUAUCAUGCAAACUAAAGGUGGAGAGUUACAAAGAAUUAAUGUGCUCCAUGCAAGUUACUUGGCGUAUCAGUAUCCUUUAAUUUUCUCUUGUAGAUAA